AUGUCGCAAUCAGAGUUUCCUCCGGAGGACGAUGCCACUUUCUCUCAUCUCGUCCACGACCUGGUCGAGGAGGCGGUGCGGUCUGUCGAGGAGGUUCCCAUUCCCCUGGCGCCCCGGGCCCCCAUUCAAUGGCCCGUUGAGGAACUAGCAACCCGAGAAGCCAUACGAUACUCCCUCACGCCCGACAAGGUCAAAGAACUGCUCGACUUCUCCUCCCUCAACUAUACGGAAGAACCCGAUGACAACCUAAUCUGCCCCAUUUGCAAACUUGCCGUCAUUACUCCCAUCAUUACACCGUGUGAUCACACCUUCUGCCUCGAAUGCCUCAGGCGCCACUUCUUUACCUCGGACGCAUGUCCUAUUGAUCGAACGAGAUUUCGCGCCAAAGACUGCAAGACUUCCAGGCUCUUGACCAACAUGCUCGAUGCCUUGGUCGUGAACUGUCCUAAUACCGAGCGAGGGUGUGAUGAGACGAUGAAACGCGAAGAGGUGGUCAAGCACGCGAUCGGCUGUCGGUAUACUUUACAGGACUGUCCGGACAAGACGUGCAACAGAAGAGUGGAACAGUGGAUGGCCGCUUCAGGAAAGUGCUGGCACUUUGAGCAGACGUGCGAAUACUGUGAAGAGAAAAUGGAAGCGGCCUCGAUGGAGCAUCACAUUACCAAGUGUCUCAAGAAUACUACGGCCUGUUCUGAUUGCGGCGAGGCGAUCAAAGCGUCUGAGUUGAAGCAGCACCACGAAGAGAGCUGCGUUGAGGCGUCCGUUCUAUGUCAAUAUGGCGAAUACGGCUGUGGCCACGAAGCAGUCCGUAAGACGCUUAGCGCUCAUGAGGGUGAGUGCAUUUACAAGGUUGUCGCUAUCGUCGGCGAAAAAGUUAAGUCACAGGAGAAGCAAAUCAAAAAGCUUCAGAGGGAGAAGGAGGAGCAAGAACGCCAGAUCCUGGAGCUCAAGGACGAGCGGCGGGACUGCAUCUCGUGGGAUGAUGUCUUCAAUCUCAACAAUGUCCAAGGCGGCCCCAAGUUCAAGCCAACCGAAGCAGUUAUGACAAUAUACGAAGACAUGGAGCGUCGGAUGGAGGAACUUAAGAAAGAAUUCACCGAUCUCGAAGGUCGUCAGACAGUCAUGAUGCUCAACCAAGUUAUGCCGAUUAAGGAUCAGAUAACUGAGAUCCGGAGCAAUCUCGGUAUCCUCAAGAUGCACAUGGCUUGGCUCAUGAAUAAAAGCCGCGAGGAGGUGGAACGCAGCCGGCUGGCCAACCGCACUGUCAGCGGAACGAGCCGAACUCGAGGCAGUUCCGACAGCGAUGGUGAGGCGUCCUCCUCGUCGAGGCGCCUGAGCGAUGGAUCGAAUGGUAUCCCGCGACUUUGA